GAAGGCAUGUGACUAUAAUUUAAUCAUGGAGUUAAUUGAGUGUAAACAAAGUAAUUAUAAAUGCAGACACUCACUGUGACUACUGCAAGUGUCUACUCUUACUCCGUCCUACAAUGAUCACUAGAGAUUGUCCUAGUAUCUACUCAUCGUUUUCUCUGUGAUAUCGCAAUGGCUACCUCUGCAGACAUGCACUGGCCAAGCACACGGACUCUCAUGGGCCGAAGGGGACGCCAGAACACUCAGAGGCAGUUACUAGGUGCUACCUCCAGUAGUGCUGACCCAACCUGGAAGAUCGGUGGUUGGAAACAGUACCCUACUCAUGAUCCCGAAGAAAUCCAUAACUCCGAUUGGGCUAACAACAUUUACGUAUCGCUUAAGGAGGAUAUACAAACAAAAUGGAGAAGGCAGGGUCCACCCCCGACUAAGGAUUUGUCUCUUGGUGGUCUCAGUGCAUAUAAGUAUGAUGACUUGAGAACUGACAAUGCAUACAUUGGAUUCUUCUUCCUCCGAAUACGUUUUAGCGAUGAUUCCUAUCUGUAUGCCGGAGUUGGUCUCACUAGAACAGAUCAUUGCUCCCCGGACCUAAUGAAAGUGUCCAACAUUGAAGCUGAUGUGUAUAAGACGUAGAUAUUUUACCUUUUUUUCACUGGCUUUUUAAUUUAUGACAACUAUUUUUAAUUUUUACCCUUUUUAAUUGAUAUUUCAUCUUUUCUUUUUCUGUGCUAAUAAAUUGCUUUCAUAGUAAACGA